AUGAUUGUAGUGCUCAUAUUCCUCGUCAGCAGUCUCGUGGGGUUCGCUGCACUCUGGAGAUCUCGCAGAAAAUUUCUUGGACAAGGAUACAUCCUCGAACAGCAGGUCACACAUCGGCGACUGCGCCCUAGGCCGUCCACGCACGCGUUCUCGUAUCCAACACUCUUUCUUCUCUUGUCCGUGAAUGCACUAGAGUCCCGCUCGCUUGACCUAUUCUUCGGGAGACUAUUCGGCUAUGGCAGCAUUUUCUGGCGACUGACUGGCUUGCGCGCGGCCGCAUAUUUAUCUACCUCGUCGGACCGGACGCGCGCCCAGAGUAUCAAGGCAAGGCUGCAGGAUGUCUUGUCGUCCAACGGCUAUGAUGGAAAUCUGCUGUCUGACGCGUGGAUGAUGACUAUGCCAAGCUAUCUGGGCUUUGAGGGAAUCAAUCCUUUGACGGUGUACUUUUGCUAUCGCGCCGAGCCAGCCCUGUGGCUCGUAGUUCUGGAGAUUCACAACACGUUCGGAGAACGACAUAUCCAUGUCCUCGAGACCGGCGAAGGAGAGGAUCCACAGCCUGCGCUAGGGUUCCAUCACCAGUGGACAUUCCCAAGAGAUUUUCAUGUGUCCCCAUUCAACGACCGCAGUGGAUUCUAUUGCGCCUCCGUCACCGCACCGUCAGUUCCUCCCCCAGCUGCAUUUCCCGAGAAUGCGUCUUCUGCCAGCAUUUCUCAAUGUCUUCCUCACGUCGUUAUCCGGCUCCACCUGCUUGAGCCUGAUGUCCUAACGCGCACAGAACCGGGUUCCCUGAAGAUAACAGCACUCCUCCGCACUACAAAAUCUGCACCUUUGACCAGUUUGGACCUCCUCGUAAAUCUCUUGCGCCAUCCCCUUGUACUGCUAGUGACUUACAUCCGUAUUCUGUACCACGCCUGGAUCCUCCACUACCGAAAGAGACUCGAUAUGUACGUAAGACCUGAUCCCAAACCAUCGAACCUCGGGUGGGGAGAUGUGUCUGUGCCGACAGAUGCUUCCACUACACCCUCAAGUGGUGGUGUGGGGUGGCAACAGGAAAGUGUGCUCGAGCAAUAUGCGAGACGGCGUGUAGAAAAUUACCUUCGCCGCCGAGUCAGCGAAAUCUCGGUCAGCGUUACUCUCAUUUCGGCCAAUCCGACCAUACAGCCGUAUACAUUCGAGCCAACUGUGGUAGCGUCUUCGGUGUGUGAAGAGCGUCCGCAGCUGGUCGUCUGGUACCGCUCAUCUCAGUUUUUCACUACUCUUCUGCUGGCGCCUUCUGCCGCUCAUACGCUCUUGGUCGGCCACUACACGGAGCAUCUCUUUGUAACUUCUUCGCCGGACCUCUUUUGUACUGUCUUUACUGCCGAUCAUUCCAUGCCCCAAACUGCUCCCAGGUAUAUGGCUCCUGCUCAAGCAUUGCGAACCCGAAGGAUCCCCCAGGAGCUACGGCGUGUCUAUGGAUACACCAUUCCCUCCGUCCACUCGUUGGACGUAGAUGCGAACUCGCAACGCACGGCGCUGAUGAACUUGGCAUUUGUAGCCAUAUCGCUGACGCUUGCUUGGCUGGAGGAGAUGCUGUACCGCGCUGCUCAUGUACGGUUCGUUCCGGGACAAGAGCCGUGGAAGAAAUGGGAGAGAGCGUUGGACAUUGCGAAGCACAGGGAUGCAGGUAUUGUUGAGACCAGUAGGAAAGGAUGUUGA